UAAUACCAAAGUUAUUAGAUUUUAAUCCUCUUUCACGAUGUCGCGCAUCAACAUCCCUCUCGACGCCAUCACAUCGCGUCUGAACCUCUCCGGUCGCUUCGAUGGCAUUCGCACCCAGUCCUUGGGGAGCCGGUUCUCCAACCUCAAGCCCAUUGGCGAAUUUCUCGAUGUGAAGCGUGUUUCGAAGCCUCAAAAUUUCGGCGAAGUCCAAAGCAGAGUCAAUUACAACUUGGGAUACUUCUCUAGCAACUACGCCGUUGUCUUUGUCAUGCUCUCGAUCUACAGCCUUCUAACGAACCUCAAACUCCUAUUCCUCAUCUUCCUUGUGGUUGGUGGAAUGUACGGAAUUGGCAAGCUCCAAGGCCAAGACCUCGAUGUCGGCUUCGUGCGUGCUACGACUUCGCAGCUCUACACCGUACUCAUCUGCAUUUCCGUCCCACUUGCAUUUAUUUCUUCGCCCUUAGCAACUGUCCUCUGGCUCAUCGGAGCUAGCGGUGUCAGCAUUCUGGGUCACGCUGCCUUUAUGGAUAAACCCAUCGAGUCAGCUUUUUCAGAGGAGGCGGUCUAGGUGGUCGGCCGCGAACUCCUUAUGCUUUGCCCCCUUCCGGGGGAAGACCACCAGAUGGAGGUCUUGGUCGGAGACGAAGGGCAUGGGAGAGACCUCCAAACGACGUAUAUAGAUUUCAAGAGUUGGACAGUGAGUCCGAAGGCGUUUUAUUGGAUCCAGUGUUACAAAAGGGGCGUUAUUCUUCAGAUCACUUGUAUUUUGAUGGAUAUGAUUUAGCGAGUUCAAGACAAGACGAAGGGCCUGCGUAUGGAGAGAACUUUGAGUCUUCGGAGGAGGACUACGACGAUUACGCAGACCAA